CCGAAUACAGUCCUAGGCCCAUCCAAAUUUCAUACAUUCACACAUAUAACCCCCACUCGCAGGCCCAAAACGGCGUCGCUAGAACAAUAGCCGAAACCCUCUCUACCACCUCAGCUCCGCCGUCUGUAAACCCUAACCACCUCCCUUUGCAUCACCAAACUCCACUUCCUGUGAUGUCUAUGCUUGAAUUAAUCACAAAAGCUUCGGCUACAACCGACCACCCAACUUCCGAUUCACAACACCCGCUACUUCUCAAUCCAAACCCUAUUUUCCUCACCUUAAAACCCCAAACCACCGAUCAAUCCUUCAUUCAACGCGUUCAAGGCUGGAAAAUCUCUCAAACAGAUGCCGAUAUCAUCAACUCAGGUCAAAAGUUCUUCAAAAAGCUCAAAAUCAAGCUCAAAAACCCGAAUUCCUUCACUAAGGUUGAUUUCAUCUCUUUAUUAAACUCACAUCUUCAGCAUAUUAGCCAAAUUUCCAGAAUUUCAAUUCCAGGUCAACCUAAAAAUGAAGAUUAUACGUAUACUAAUUUGCUUAUUCAAAAUCUAGGGUUUUUGAUUGGGGAUAAUGUGUUAGGUUUGGUGUUAGAAGCUUGUCUAGUGUUUGAGAUUUGGGAGAUUUUAGAAACUUUGAUAGUUUCCGGGCUCGUUGACGGUUGUUAUAAUUUGGUUGAUAAUUUGAUUGAGAAAAAUAGGGCGGAUUUGGUGUGUCUGUGUGUGAAGCAUGUUUCGAAUCUUAAACUUUCGGAUGUGCUUUCGGUUUUGAAGUAUUUUUUAUCGUCUAGUAAAGAUGCUUACAGUGCUAUGGUUGGUGUGAGGAAAGAGUGGGAGAGGUUAGCGCUUUCGGCUAUUGAAACCGCGAUGGAUAAAAGCGUUGGUGAGAAAAAGUUGACUUGGGCGAAGGAUGCUGCGGUUAUGUUUACGAUGGCGCAUGAUGAGUUUACGAGUAAUGAAUUGUGCUUGCAUUAUUUGGUAUCAUCACCGAAUAUGGACGAUGUUAUGUUUUCGGCGUGUAUUGGGAAGUUAAAUGGGUUGGAGAUUAUGGGGUUUGUAAGGUAUUUGAAGAAGUGGUUGGUUAAGUAUCAGAAGUUUCCGCAGGCGAGUUCGAGUUCUAAAGCUUUUGAAUCAGUUCCUUCGCUUGAAAAUGUUACCAAGUGUUUUGGGUUGGUAGUUGAUGAGCAUUUCUCAUCGUUGGUGAUGAAUCCUGAGUUUCGUGAAGAGGUGGAAUCGAUCGAGUUGGUUGUGAAUUCUUUGGCUGCCGAAGCUAGGCUUUGUUGCAAUUUGGCAAACUUAUGUGCAGGUUUGAAUCAUUAGGUUUCUGAAACGCGAAUGACAAGAAAUGAGAAGGUAUAAAAUUAAGUGGAGCUAUUUAGCAUAUUACAACAACGAAUGGUGUUUUGACCUUACAAAUUUUUGUUUGUAUUAGUUAAUAGUUAAUUUUGUAUCCUGGAUUCUUAAAGUGAAAUCUUUAUUAUCGUUAAAACAUUCGUAUGGGUUGUACUGUGUACUGUUUUUUUUAUUGGUUAUCGAGGAAUAGCUUUGGGAUUC